AUGGUGGAGCGUCCGGGGCUUCUGGUGGAGAGGCAUCGGAAAAGAAAAUGGACCCUGUUGAGCCACCUCGUGACAGCUCCUCUUGAGACCUUCCAAGAACUGGCGGACAAGUACAAUUGUCGGCGGCGCAUUUUGCGCAAUCUGCAGGAGAUGGGGUUUGAGCACCCCACGCCCAUUCAGAGGCAGGCGGUGCCGCUGCUGCUGCAGGGGCGGGAGUGUUUCGCCUGUGCGCCCACAGGGUCCGGCAAGACUGUUGCCUUCCUGCUGCCCAUUGUCAUGGCUCUCAAGAGUCACUCCCCAGAUGCGAUCAGAGCAGUGGUCCUGGUGCCAACAAGGGAGCUAGCCCUGCAGAUAUCGCGGGCGCUGAAGCAGCUGGCAGCGGGAACAAAGCUCAGGGCGCGGCUGCUGACCAAAGCCACUGCUGGCUGUGUGGAGCUUAAAGGAGCGGCCUGUGACGUGCUGAUCUCCACUCCUCUCCGGCUAGCCCACCUGGUGGCUGAGAAGAAAGUGGACCUGAGCCGAGUGCAGCACCUAGUACUAGACGAGGCGGACAAGCUCUUCGAGAUGGGCUUUGUGGAGCAGAUCGAUGGGGUCGUGGCGGCAUGCUCCCUGCCCGCUCUCACGCGCUCCCUCUUCUCCGCCACGCUGCCAGAAGCAGUCGAGCAGCUGGCGCGCUCAGUCAUGCAUGACCCCGUUCGGAUCGUUGUGGGCGACAGGAACGCAGCAGCGGAGACGGUGCAGCAGAGGCUGGUAUUUGUGGGCACGGAGGAGGGAAAGCUGCUGGCGAUGCGGCAGCUGCUGCAGCAGGGCGUGCGGCCGCCAGUGCUCAUCUUCGUGCAGAGCAAGGAGCGCGCGCAGCAGCUCUUCUCUGAAUUAUCUUUCGAUGGGUUGAACGUGGAUGUCAUACACGCUGAUAGAUCUGUUGCUCAGAGGGAGCAGGUGGUAGACGCGUUCCGCGAGGGCAAGAUCUGGUUCCUGAUAGCAACAGACCUGAUGGGACGAGGCAUGGACAUCGCAGGGGUGAAUGUGGUGGUGAAUUACGACUGCCCGCAGACCACCGCUGCCUACAUUCACAGGAUAGGUCGCAGUGGCAGGGCGGGGCGGCCAGGCGAGGCAGUGACGUUUUAUACGGAGGAGGAUGAGCCGAACCUGAGAGCCAUAGCCAAUGUGAUGGCGCAGUCUGGCACUGAGGUGCCGGCUUGGAUGAAAUCUCUGCCCAAGAAAAGGCUGCGCAAGCACAGGGAUGGAGAGAAAUCGGUUGCUUUGCCGCCCAAGCGAGCGCCGAUUUCGACGCACCCGGCCGCUCUGGCAAAGGGGGUGAAGCGCCGGAAGGUGGCGUCAAAGAAGGGUGAUCUGUCGUCGUAG